GGCACCUACUUGCUCACCACUCUUGCCCUAUCUUGGUUUUGGCGAAGAGAGCUCUCCCUCUCUACACCAAAGCCUUAUCCCGAUCUCUCCUCAAGCUCGGAUUUCGCGCAGAUCGCCGUCGUUGGUUAGAAAAUGGCCGAUGCUGAGGAUAUUCAGCCCCUUGUGUGUGACAAUGGGACUGGAAUGGUCAAGGCCGGAUUUGCUGGUGAUGACGCACCUAGGGCAGUCUUCCCAAGUAUUGUCGGCCGACCUCGCCACACAGGUGUUAUGGUUGGGAUGGGCCAGAAAGAUGCCUAUGUUGGUGAUGAAGCACAAUCAAAGAGAGGUAUUCUCACAUUGAAAUAUCCCAUUGAGCAUGGAAUUGUCAGCAACUGGGAUGACAUGGAAAAGAUCUGGCAUCACACCUUCUAUAAUGAGCUUCGUGUUGCUCCUGAGGAGCAUCCUAUUUUACUCACUGAAGCCCCUCUCAAUCCAAAGGCAAACAGGGAAAAGAUGACCCAGAUUAUGUUUGAGACUUUUAAUGUACCUGCUAUGUAUGUUGCUAUUCAGGCUGUUCUGUCCCUCUAUGCCAGUGGUCGUACAACUGGUAUUGUGCUUGAUUCUGGCGAUGGUGUAAGCCACACUGUUCCUAUAUAUGAAGGAUAUGCUCUUCCUCAUGCUAUUCUUCGUCUGGAUCUUGCUGGCCGAGAUCUAACUGAUUGCCUAAUGAAGAUCCUGACUGAGAGAGGAUAUUCAUUCACCACCACAGCUGAGCGGGAAAUUGUAAGGGACAUUAAAGAGAAGCUUGCCUAUGUCGCUCUUGAUUAUGAACAAGAGCUUGAGACUGCGAAGACUAGCUCAGCUGUUGAGAAAAGCUAUGAACUUCCUGACGGCCAGGUUAUCACCAUUGGCGCUGAGAGGUUCAGAUGCCCAGAGGUCCUUUUCCAGCCAUCCUUAAUAGGCAUGGAAGCUGCUGGAAUUCACGAGACAACAUACAAUUCUAUCAUGAAGUGUGAUGUGGAUAUCAGGAAAGAUCUAUAUGGCAAUAUUGUUCUCAGCGGUGGAUCCACCAUGUUCCCUGGUAUUGCCGACCGAAUGAGCAAGGAGAUCACAGCACUUGCACCGAGCAGCAUGAAGAUUAAGGUGGUCGCCCCACCGGAGCGAAAGUACAGUGUCUGGAUUGGAGGCUCCAUCCUUGCUUCCCUCAGCACUUUCCAGCAGGUGAAAUGUGGAUUACCAAGGGAGAGUACGAGGAAUCUGGUCCAUCAAUCGUUCACCGGAAAUGCUUCUAAGCUCAUGCAUGACCCAUCUCUGGGGAGUUUUUUUCCGGCUUGUUCAAUCUGGUAUUUGCCUUUCCUGGGAUUGAAUCAUGUUAGUGAUUGUGAUGCCUUUUCACUGUUAAAUUUGGUUGUUAAGAAGGUUUCUUCUUUAGGCGUCGUUUCUUCAAGGAGGCUGCAGAUGUGUGCAGUAAAUGUGAACAAUAUGUAUCAACUUAGUGUCUAUGUCCUGGUUUGAGGACUGGUCCAGAGAUUAUUUACUUGUAUUCAUGUAAUGAUGUAUUAUUUGGUUUUAUCAGCUACUAUUUUUAUCACCCAAA